GGCGCAACUUUGAACCCUAGGCGGCUUCCCAAACCCUCGUCUCCACUUCCUCAAAUCAAAUCUUUUUGGGAACGGGAGAAGAAGGCGAUCGAUCAUGGAGAAUAGGGACAAGGCGCUGAUUGCCGUGGGGUUCGAGGGGUCGGCCAACAAGAUAGGCGUGGGCAUCGUCGCCCUCGACGGCAGCAUCCUCUCCAACCCCCGCCACACCUACAUCACGCCGCCGGGCCAUGGCUUCCUCCCCCGGGAGACGGCCCACCACCACCUCCGCCACUUGCUGCCCAUCCUCCGCACCGCCCUCUCGGACGCCGGCCUGACGCCCGCCGACAUCGACUGCCUCUGCUACACCAAGGGCCCCGGCAUGGGCGCGCCUCUCCAGGUCUCCGCCGUCGCCGUCCGCGCCCUCUCCCAGCUCUGGGGCAAGCCCAUCGUUGCCGUCAAUCAUUGCGUUGCCCACAUCGAGAUGGGCCGGGUGGUCACGGGGGCCGAGGACCCCGUCGUGCUCUACGUCAGUGGAGGGAACACUCAGGUCAUAGCGUACAGCGAGGGAAAGUACCGAAUUUUCGGGGAGACUAUUGACAUCGCCGUGGGUAAUUGCCUGGAUCGCUUCGCUAGGGUUCUCACGCUGUCCAAUGAUCCCAGCCCUGGGUAUAACAUCGAGCAGCUUGCAAAGAAAGGAGAUAAGUUCAUUGAUCUUCCUUAUGUUGUUAAGGGUAUGGAUGUUUCAUUCAGUGGUAUACUAAGCUAUAUAGAAGCUACUGCUGUUGAGCUGCUUAAAAACAAUGAAUGCACACCUGCAGAUCUCUGCUACUCGUUGCAGGAAACAGUUUUUGCCAUGCUUGUUGAGAUCACUGAACGUGCAAUGGCGCACUGCGAUAAGAAGGAUGUUUUAAUUGUUGGCGGUGUGGGAUGCAAUGAAAGAUUGCAAGAGAUGAUGAGGAUAAUGUGUUCUGAAAGAGGCGGCAAGCUAUUUGCAACCGAUGAUAGAUAUUGUAUUGACAAUGGGGCAAUGAUAGCAUACACUGGCCUCCUUGCUUUCGCACAUGGUAUGACCACCCCAUUAGAGGAUUCGACAUUCACCCAGAGGUUCCGUACAGACGAAGUUCAAGCAAUUUGGAGAGAGAAGUAUUCCAAACACGAAGGAUCUGCAGCCUGAUACUACUUGUGAGGGGCAGCAGAUUUAGAGGGAUAGAAGAAAAGGCAGCAAAACAAGUGUCCACGCAUCAGAAGUCCGAACUCUCUCAAUUCCGUAUGGUGGUGAAGCUCCGAGAUUAUACUGGAGCAAAGAUUGUAAUCUCAUCAUUUAUGGCAAACAAUGCAGUAGAGAAAGUUGUAGACUUGUAGCACCUCUACACAAUUCAUAGAACUUGUGCAGAUCAGUUUGAAGUU